AUGACGGACACAGCGGCAGCUAAAAAUGAAGUUUUAGAUGAAAUAAUGAAUAGAGGUAAAUUGGGUGAUAAGAAAUUCCAUUCAGAAACAUCGUUGCAAAAGUAUGGUGAGGAUGAACCAGCGGAUGUAGUGCCAACAGAUCCAGCGGUACAAAAUGACUCCAUUAGCAACACCAACACUUUGGAAGUGCCGGAACGAAGACGUACGAUGUCACAGCCUGGCCCCGUCUCCGGGAAUCGCUUGACUGCCACAGCCGCGCGUGCAGCGAGAAAACGGCCCCCUAGAUACGUUAACUACGCAGCCGAUCUUGAAAGAAGUGAUUCUAACAGCGAAAAACAAUCACCACGAACCGCAGGUCUUUUCAGAGAUGAGUCGGGUUCUGCUACGCCUGUUACGCCUGGUGAUAACCCUUUUAGUUACAAUGCUAUGAAUGGCAACUACAAAAAUGGAGAUGCAAAAUCAUUAAAUAGCUAUCGUCUUUACAUGACACCCAAUGAAAUGCGCGGUAGCGCGCCUCCUCGCCCGAGGUCUGUACUGGAUGCACAGUCUCUUCGCUCCGUGGAAACGCAUGCACCACCCCCUACGAGCCCUGAAGAAAACAAAAAACAAACUAAGAAAUACCUAACACUAAUAGUGAGCUGUAUUUACGCAAUACUUCUCGUGACCCUUGGAUUGAUUAUACACGUAGGUGACUCAUUCGUCGAUGCACCCAUAUCAGUGAUAUACUCAAUAAUUUUAUGCAGCAUUGGAUUGCUGUAUCUUUUGUACCUUAUGUUUGAUAUAACUCGUUACAAGAGGAUCGCUGUAAAGAAUCAUAAAAUCAAGUCAUUACAUGAUGAAAAGAUCCGGCAAUAUUUCUUAAGUCAAGAGGAAACAUUUGGACAAAUUACGCCUGGCGAUAGAACUCCAGAACUAAUUAGACCAAACAUGCCUCCACCUAUACUUAUUCCUAUUAAGCAUGAAUACUGUUUCAGUCAAGGCCGACAUUCUGGCAGUUUCUAUCUAAAACUAGGCGCAGCCGGUUUUGCUUUGGGUCACUUGGUCCACUCGGUGCUCUUGCUCGCAGUACAAAUAGGUUUAAUAACAGAUGAAAAUAUUGAUAACGAUAAGUGUGUUAGCAUUGUGCAAGUGGUACUCGAUGUAAUGGUCCCUCUAUAUUGUUUUCUGCAACUGUUCUUUGUCUUCAAGUACUCCAACGUGAUCAUCUUGAAAGUUCCGGGUCUGGCCUACUUAGCAUUCAUGCACCUGAUCGGUACCAGCCUCUGUUUUUGGAUAUCAGCCAUAGUUCGGGAGGUACUCCUUGGAUUAAGGCUUUAUGCUAAUACUUUGUAUGGUGGAGACAAUGAAACUAAUGUAGUGGAUAACGAAAUUGUUGGAAAUGUUUUUAAUGAAAACUAUAUUCAGUCCCGUUUUUUCGACGUCAGCGAUCUCCACGUUCCGGAAUGCAUCGGCUCACAAGCAAUAAAUUCAAUAUUUGAGAAUUUCUCACCGUAUUUGUACCCGUUCAGCGUUGAGUUCAAUAUUCUUAUUGUGGCUGUAUACUAUAUUAUUUGGAGCAACGUCGGCAAUUCAAAUGAAGACAACGACUUCACAAGUAACAUCGUCAUCUACGCGGAUUGUCACGCAUCGAAUCGCGGCCUGUUCUUAGGUCUCAUUGUAAUGGUCAUCAUCAUUGGAUUGCUUAUAAUAGGCUUUGUCUUCAGUAGUGUUGGAAGUGACUUUGUAGAAAUUGGCCACGUCAUGAACGAGGUCACUGAGCUCUGCCUACAUGUGGUGUUACUGUUCAGCGCAGUGGUUGCCUUCAACCAAAUGCGUCACUUGGAUAUCAACGAGCACCCCAUCUCUCUCCUCGAUGAUGUUCUUCUCUUCAUCUGUCUACCUGCUUUCUUCAUAGAGGCUGCCUUAUCACUUUAUGCAACUACCAGCUUAGUCAAUAUAGUGCGCAGUAUAAACUUUUGUUUAAUGGUGAUACAAGUAGUAAUCCAAGUUCCAUUGAUAAUGGACGGACUCCGUCGCUGCAGCAACACCAAGAAACUGCGACGGAAAAAGCCGGGCCGCGAGAUCCUCAUGUUUCUUCUCAUCACUAACGUCGCCAUGUGGAUAUUCUACACGUUCUCGUACAAAUCUCCUGACAGCCUUGAUGACAGAUAUACUUUCUACGGCAAAGUUACUUGGACAAUAUUGGGUCAUAUCAGUUUGCCUUUAAUUAUGUUCUUUAGGUUCCAUUCUAGUGUAUGCUUUGCUGAUAUUUGGAACUCAGCGUAUCAGCCUGGCUCAGAGCACUAA